AUGGUUGACAUAGUCGACCUUGGAAGCGCUUCGGAGAGCGACAACGAGACAUUUGAUUCGGAUGAGUCCAGCUCGUACGGAAUCGGCCCCGAUGAUGUCAAUGAAAAUCUUGACGAGUUGCUGCGCAAAAUCAACCCCUUUGGCUCUUUUGCUUGCUCCAUGGAAUUGAGAUUGGCAUUCGUAGAUCCAAAGAUCACCGUAGAGGGUGUAGGCCCCAUCCAAUUACCUUUGAAUCCGGAAACUGCACGAGCGAUAGCACAAGCCUGUCACCAAGCACCUUUUGGUCGAGGCGAAGAGACAGUUAUUGAUACAUCGGUCCGGAAUACGUGGGAGCUCAACCCGGCAAAGUUUUCCAUAACGGAGCCGAGAUGGAACAAGGACUUGAUGCCCAGGGUGCUCGCCGCCGUUCAACACGAGCUUGGAGUAUCCGGCACUUUCCGCGGAAAGCUCUACAAAAUGCUCUUGUAUGAGAAAGGCGCCAUGUUCAAAGUUCACAGAGAGUAUUCCGAUGUUGAGCACGAAGUCAAAGAAGUGAUUUCUGGAUACCGCUGGGUCUUGACAUACAACCUCAUAGCAGAUGGGCCACCCGGAUCCCUCUCGGCUACCACAACCUUGAGAGACCGUGCAAUCCUCCGAAACAAUCUAAAGGCCUGGAAAACCGAGUACACGUUGGACCCAUCAUCUCGGAGCAGAGUCGUUUACCUCCUGGAUCACCAAUAUACCGACGCGAGUUUGCGACUGGACUCUUUGAAGAGUCAAGAUCGCAAAAUUGCUCUCAUGUUCAAAGAAACUUGCGAUUCACUUGGCCUCGAGAUGUUCCUCGCCAGCUUUGAGCGCAUGCGGAUGGGGGCUGCGGAACCGAACGAAAGUGAUGAUAACAAAUAUGACUACUACACCGAUGACGAGGACUGGGAUGCUCCGGAAAGGGAGAAAAGCCACCAUUUUAUUGACGACGAGUUUGACAGCUCAGUGAAGUUGACGCGUGUAGUUGAUCGUUUCGGCACCGAGGUGGCUACUGAGGUCGAAAUCGGUAUGGAAGACAUCAUCCAGGAGCAUUCGUUCAAGGAGAACGGGCCUGACGAUGAAGAUUACGAAGGCUAUACAGGGAAUGCCGGAUGCACUGCUACUCACUGGUACAGAAGGGCGGCUUUGGUUAUUGUGCCUCGAGAACAUUUUGGCAAAUUUCUUUUACACCAAUUCGAGUGGGUUUCUCCGCUAUAUGGUUCACGGGGAAAACCAACCAAAGAGCAAAGGCUCCGAGGAAUCAUAAAGUAUUUGGAGAGACAACAGCGGACGAAUCCCUCCGAACCCGAACGUCGCAAUAACCUGGUCCAGGUCUGCCACUAUGCUUUGAACGAGCAGGAGAAAAUCAACAGGAAGGACCCACCCAGAAUAGAGAAGCGUGAUGAGCUUCUCGGGCAACUGCCUUGGUCCGCACUAAAUUGCCACCCGAUGAUCUACAAUCUGUCUCCCGAUGGCUAUGGACAGGUAGCUUUCAACUGCUUCGUAAAGGUCUUGAUCAAGCGCUUCCACGAAAUUCUUCAGCUGCUUCAGAAUAACUCGACCAACACUGCGGCACUGAUCCGAUUCUUGAUAUUCUUUAGCGUGAACCCAGCCCAUAAAGCUGCGAUCGCGGAUCCUGGAACCUUCAAGACUGUACUCAGCUCCAUUUUGCACGGAUUCAAUCUCUCUGUGGAUGCUCGAACGAUCACUCUAGAGGCAGCUUACCUGAAGAAAGACGAAAGGCUUCCGCCAAUCGAAGGCGAUAUGUUGGCUGAAUUUCUACUACACCUCCGCGAUGUCGGUUUCCAUGGCGAGCUAAGCACUCUCGCACAGAAGACUGAAGCUGAAAUAUCCCGAAUGAAUGUUUUGGAUUUGGAUUUCAUAUUCUCGGAAUUCCUCGAGGGGCUUGUGAAGCCACGUUGGCAUAGCCCAGCGGAUCCCACGAGCCAGCCUUUCCGCUCUCUCUUUCAAACAACAAUCAAACAGUACCUUUUGCGUUAUGUCCGCAAAGAACCCAUCAGAGAGCCCGACUGGGCCAUGGACGGGGUGAGCUGCUAUUGUUUGGACUGCCGGAAAUUGAACGACUUCCUUCGCGACCCGACUGAGCGUGUAUGGCGCUUCAGAGGAAACAAGAAGGGACGCCACCACAUUCACAAGAAGCUGAACUACACACCCUGCGACCACCGCACGAACCAUCAACGCGAUCCGUACACCAUGGUGGUAACGAAAACAGUGGACAAUAACGCGCAAAAGAGAGAGCGCUGGAUGAAGCGCGCGGCCGCCUUCGAUGAGAAAAUGAGAGAAUUGGGCAAGCUUGUUGAUCUGCCGCAGAUUUUGGGCGAUGAGUGUUCGAUCAUCAUGUCGAAGAAGUACGCGCGGAAAGCGACGGCGGCACCCACUGGGCCAGAAUCGAGGGCGCCGGUGGCGGGACCUUCUGGAACAAGACCACCUUUGGGUCCACCGCUGGCAAAGGGUACUUCCUCCGCAGCCCACAGUACGCAGCCCUUAGCGUCACAGUCUGGAAAUGCUCAGCGCGCGCCUGCAACUCCGGGGCCCAGCAAUGCGCGUGGGCCGACGUCGACACCGCUGAGGAAUACACCUGGGUCGAGGGAGUCGGUCAAGCGCAAGGCUGCAGAGAUGGAAAGUGUCGAUUUGACGCCGCUCAAGAAUACUGAGGAGAUGAGGAGAGAAGUCAAACAGAAGACUACGGAAGUGGAGGUUCUGGAUCUUACUGAGGACUGA